GUUGCGUACAAGCUGUAAACAAACAAUAAAUGGAAAGUUAAAGGAUCAAACUGUAAAACAAACAGAACGGUCAGGUUUAAUCCCGAAAAACAGAGGAUUCACUAACCAUUUAAAUAAGAAACUCAACACCAAUCGACAUGUUUACAGUCUGAAACACUGACCGUUCUGUUUCUGCUGCUGCUCUGACUCUGACUCUGACACUGACUGGAAGAGCUCUGUAACACUGUUCUCUGCAGAUUCUCCUGUGGAUAAACAUGUUCUCAGAAUGAAUGUUAGCAUGAUACAGAUGGAGGCCCCACUGCGGCUCUGUCACAACUGUCUGUUUUUCUAUAAGCUUCCACAGCGCUUCCUGUCACUUUCUUCUACUCACAGGUCACCUGCAAGUUACUACGAUGUUCUAGGGGUUAAGGCUGAUGCAUCACUGGAUGAAAUAAAGAAUGCAUUUUUUGACAAGUCCAAAAAGCUUCACCCUGACAGUGACCCGUCUAACCCGGUCCUCCAUAGUCAGUUUGUUAAGCUAAAUGAAGCUUACCGGGUGUUGAGCAAAGAAGGAACCAGGAAGGAUUAUGACCUCCGAAUGAGAUAUCAUAAUUUGGACCAGAGUUUUAGACCCUCCUCCAGAUACACACACAACCCCAGCACUGCUGAGACGACUGAGAACAUGCACUACUGGGAGCAGUUUCGGAGUACCCAGGAAUUCUCUGAGGAUGACUGGCAGAAUAAGAGGAAGAAGAAUCUGCGGCUGGUGGGCUACUGCCUCGUCGCCAUGCUUCUGAGUAUCGGUGCUCAUUACUUUGGGUUCAGAAAGCUGGAGGAAAUACAUAAUGACUUCAUGGACAAAAAAGAUAAUGCCAUCACUAAAAUCUAUAACGAGUCCAAAGAAAGAGCCAGGGUGAAUGGAUUUAAGAAGCAACAGGAGAUCCUGAGACAGAAACAUGCAGAAUUUCUGGAGAGAUACAAGAUUCGUCCAAGCGGCAAAGAGAAGUAAAAAUAUCAUAUAGACAUCAUGAGGCUUGGCAGAGUCAUUUGCCGGAGCUCAGCGCACAUCCAGGUAGCACGGAAGCUAUAGGAGAUGAACUAUGUGUCUAGGUUGAAAACAAAUAAAAAUUGUAAUAAUGAUAAUAUUCAGUGUCAGAUGUUUAUGAACACACGUUGUAUACGGUUUAUAGUUUUUUCAGGUAUGGGCUACAAAUAAUGGUCAGUAUAGAAACAGGGCUACAAAUACAGCAAGCUCUUGUACUACAUGACAUAUAGAAUAUACAGACACUUGUCAUGUCCACUGUACACCACAGUGUGUGUGUGUGUAGUAUUUAACUGCCUAAGCCAGGUUAAAGGAGUAACAAAGGUGCUAGCAAAGCCAUCAUUUCUGAAUCAUUCAUUCAUUCAUUCAUUCAUUCAUUUUCUACCGCUUAUCCGAACUACCUCGGGUCACGGGGAGCCUGUGCCUAUCUCAGGCGUCAUCGGGCAUCAAGGCAGGAUUCACCCUGGACGGAGUGCCAACCCAUCAGAGGGCACACACACACACUCUCAUUCACACACACUAGGGACAAUUUUCCAGAGAUGCCAAUCAACCUACCAUGCAUGUCUUUGGACCGGGGGAGGAAACCGGAGUACCCGGAGGAAACCCCCGAGGCACGGGGAGAACAUGCAAACUCCACACACACAAGGCGGAGGCGGGAAUCGAACCCCCAACCCUGGAGGUGUGAGGCGAACGUGCUAACCACUAAGCCACCGUGCCCCCUUUCUGAAUCAGUAUUUAUUAAUUAAGGGACCCUUAGUGACGGUCUGGAUUUGUUGCAGAACUGAAAAUAAAUUUCCUCCUAAAUUGUUUGCUCUGUUAACUGGAUUGGUUAUCAUGAUUCAUCAGAAAUCACAUUCUGCUCUCUCUGUAAAAGAAAAAAGAAACAGAAAUCAUAUUAAGUAAUCUGAGUAAUAUUUUUGGAAGCUUAAUUGCUUUGGAUAACUGAGACUUAAACUUCAGAUAUACAUCGUACAUCCUACUGAACAUAUGGUUGAAUAUUAUGGCCUUUAUUCUGAUUGGUGCAUUUGGCUUUUGUUUUGUCCUUGUUUUGAACAUCCAGUCAUAGUAUAACUACAGACUACAUAACUAUGUUUUCUGUUAUGCUGUCUUCUGCAGCUGUAUCAAAUAAGAAGGAGACUGUCAUCACCAGGUGUUUUGCACUGUUCACGAUUAUAAGGAAUUGUGUGAAAUCAAUAGAGUCUUGUGUGAACCCAUUAGCUCACUGGGGUUUGACUGUUGCUGCAAGUGGCGUAAUGUUUCUCUUUGACAUUUUUUGUUGCAAUUAUGAAUUAAACAUUAUAAUGAUAUUAAA